AUGCAAUGAUUAAUGCUAAAGAACAUAUGAAUAAAAUAUCUAAAAUGCAAAAAGGGUUUUUUGGUGCUGUACGAAUUGCUCAUACAGGUUGCAUGGACAAUGUUGGUGAAUUGAUUAAUGCAGCAAAAGAAAAAUUAGCUGAAAUACAAGAUGAAUAUGAAGAACGAGAAAGACGUUGGCAUAAAAUAGCAGCAUUAGUCGAUCGUGAUGAUUUGAUAGGACAAACAAUUUCUAAUCAGUCAUCAUCCGGCUCAACAACAACUUCAUUAUCAGUGGGUAAUGGUGGUGUAACAUCGACAAUGAAUCCAUCUGAUGCAUUUUCACGUCCAAAAUCUUCGACUCACGAGCCAGGUGGUAUAAUAAAUUCGUUUGAUCCAUCAAGGCCAAAUGGUAGUAUACAUGGAAGUAAUCGCGGUUUAUCAAUUAAUCCUGCUCAGCCACAUCGUAUCGUUGAUGAUUCGUUUAGUCAAGCUGAUAGUGGUUUAGAAUUAUCUAAUUCAUCAUCGUCUACACUGAAACGUCGUCUACCUAGUAAUCGGCCUAUUGGCAGUAGUGGCGGAAAUAAUUCAGUGAGCAAUUUUUCCGUGCCCUAUUCAAAUUCAACAGUAGGUAUUGGUGAUAUGAUGUUUAGUAGCGACUCAAAUACUCGUCAGAAUGGUUCUGGUGUUAAUCUCCCAGCAAAUUCAUUAUCAUCUGAUCAUUCUUACCAGCAACAAAGUUACUUUUCAACAUUAGACAUUCAAAAUCCCACAGAUCAUUUGUUAUCAUAUGAUUCACCAUCACAAAUAUUAUCAUCAUCUGUAGGAACACCAGAUAAAAUACGUAAACAAUUUUCUGCUACAAAAAUAUUUAAGCCAUUUAUACGUUUUAGAAAGAAAAAUUGA